AUGGCGCUCCUCUCGAGCUCGGGCGGCGGCUCAACGGCGCGGCUGCUCACAGUGCCCGCGCUGCUCCUCCUGCUCUCCUCCGCCGCGCUCCUCGUCUUCCUCCUCCUCCCCGCCAUCUCCCCCUCCACCUCCACCGGGGCCCACCUCUGCGCCUGCACCGACCCCGUCACCACCCACACCACCACCAGCGUCACCACCACCACCACCACCGCCUCCCCCGCCCCCGUCGCCACCUCCCCGGACGACGUCGCCUGGCUCAAGGCGCAGCUCGCCUCCAACUCCCUCGCCCUCCUCGCCUCCACCGACGCCUGGCACCGCCUCCGCAAGGGCAUCAACCCCCGCACCCGCCACCAGCAGCUCUUCGACAUCAACAGGCACCACGGGAUCUCCCAUUACCCGGACGAAGAGGUGACCAACCACACCGCGCUGCCGUGCCCCGGGGAGCUCCUCGUCGAGGAGCACCACAGCAACUACGGCGAGCCAUGGGCCGGUGGCCGCGACGUCUUCGAGUUCCUGGCCAACGCGUCCACCCUCAUGCCCAAGGACCAGGUUCUCGAGAUCGGGUGCGGGACGCUCCGUGUCGGCCUGCAUUUCAUCCGGUUCCUCGAGACCGGGAGGUUCCACUGCCUGGAGCGCGACGAGCUGUCCCUCAUGGCUGCGCUUCGGUACGAGCUGCCCUCGCAGGGGCUGCUGUACAAGCGGCCGGUGAUUGUGAGAGGAGAGGACAUGGAUUUCAGCAAGUUCGGGGAUACUGUCAUGUACGACCUUAUCUACGCGAGCGCCGUGUUCCUCCACAUUCCAGAUGCGCUUGUUUGGACUGGGCUCGAGAGGCUUGCAGGGAAGCUGAGGCCGCAGAGGGGCAGGAUUUUCGUGUCGCAUAACAUCAAGUUUUGCUCCAGAUUGGGUGGCGACGAGUGCACACGCCGGCUUGCGGAACUGGGGCUUGAGUAUGUUGGGAAGCACACUCAUGAUAGCUUGUUGUUUAACCAUUACGAGAUAUGGUUUGAGUUCCGGAGGCCGAAAGUUUAGAUCAUGAUAGCUCAGGAGGAUACACAAGUUUGGUUUCUGUUCUGCAGUUUUGAAUGUGUGAAGCAAAAAAGGCAAGCCAUGCCAUGUACACUCAAGAGUUUUGCCUUUGGACUGGAAGCACUGUUUGCUCGGCUCUGAGUUGGAACAUGUGCACAAAAUUCAUGAUAGGAAGGUACAACUCCGUCAGAGUCCAAUUACAUUCUGGUGAAUGGUUGCUCAACUCUUUAGCUUUAGUUACCACCAAUUAUUCGCUGUACUGUAAUCUUAGUAAGGUCUCAAAGUUUUUCAGUAGUUGAGGUCAAACUGAUAUGUUACACAUCUCUUAUCCCAAUAGUUUCCUACAAUGGUCAAGCAGAAAUUGUAUCAUCACGCAAGGUUUAGUAAAUCGUGACAAGGAUAACCUUGUUAUCCUGUUUCUGUAUUUAACGAAUCUGGAAUACACUUUUGUUAUGCUAUGGUAGCUUGCUGAA